CUCGCUGCGGUAGGCCGGAGUUGAAGUGGUGCUGUUCGGUCACGGUCGCUACCAAAUCAUAAUAUCCAGCAACACCCGUCGCUGUGGUGACGAGCCCAAGGUUCAGCGAGUUGCUCUUGCGAGUCAUAACAAAGCUGUUUGCGGCCAAGCAGCAUUUGCCCGCAACGCUGGACAAGAGCCUGUAAUGCAGGGAUGGAUCCAAAUUGAAGUUGAACAGCUGGAGGAUUUGAACGUCAGUGGGAACCAAAUCUGUCCAGGGAGGACAGCCGAAAAAUUCAUGCGUCAGCGGCACCUUCCGGCCCGGCGACGGAGGACAAAGCUAGCAGAUGCAAACCCAGAACCGCGCGGUUCAGCGCUGCCGCGUCGCCGCUGGCUCCACGCGUGAUGCAACGUGCAACGUUUUGAACUCUUGUUUGUUUGGGUGCCCUGUCGUCAAGGACACCACCACAACGUGAAGCCAAUCGUGAUCUACUGAAAGGCUGGACAAAACGGUGUGGGGGCGCGACCACACUUGCCUCAUUUCGCAAUUGGAGCUCUUCCUACCAUCUCGUCUCGUUCAGAUCGGCGCAACAUGAUGCACAGAAUGCGGAUUUCGCCCAUGCAACAGCUCAGCCACCCGGAUCGCAACAAUAUGGGCGUGGUAGUCUCAACCACCACCUCCAAGGCGAGCACACUCCGAGCAAUGCGAGUUCCCAAGUUCCUACGUAGCCUCUACGACAUUCUCCAGUACGAGGACCAGACCAUCCUGACGUGGUCCAAGGACGGCACCUACUUUCAGAUCUUCGACACCAAGCGGCUCGAGAUUGUCGUGCUGCCCAAGUACUUCAAGCACGGCAAAUUCGCCAGCUUCCAGCGCCAGCUUAACAACUUUGGCUUCCGCAAAUGGACCAAAACGCAGUCCAGCGUCUGCACCUUUAGCCACCACCACCUCGUACGCUGCCACCCGCAGCAGUUGGCUGAGUUUAUCAGUCGACGUCCUCCUGGCAACGGCAUGCGGUCGGGUGUUGACGCCUCCUCGACUGCCAAGCGUAAGCGUACGUUCACGGAGCUAAUGCGAUCCGCAGACGCUGGGACUUCCACUGCCGCUGCAGCAAAGAUGAUUAAGCGGGAGAAUGACAUCUACAACAGGGCGGUAGGCCACGAGCUGGCCAUCACGACGAACUCCCCUUCAGCCAAGGGUGUGCCUCGGUGGGUAACAGACCCAGUAGGCUUCUUGAAGGCCAGCGAGGAGAAGAACACGACUCCAACGAGCACGUCUUCAGAGCAGGCAUUCAAUUUCUCGAUGGAGGAACUACACGACAUCAUUCUACCCGUGGCGUCCACAUCGGAGCGCCAUGAGAGCAGGUCGAUGGAGAAAAUGCUCGAGCUGCGCAUGUUGAACGAGUGCCUGGAUCUCGGAACUGCUGGCUCAUUGUACGCCACUGCGAACCCCGCUGGUGGUGAGCUCUUCCCUUCGGUUCCGUACUCGUGGGAUAGCGACACGUUUUUCUCUCCUGUUGGUCGCACCCACUUCGAGCAGGAUCGCGGUCUGUGGAGAUUGCAUUAGUGUAUAAACAAACGACUUGGAGCGUACCUAGUUAGAGCAGUAAAUCAUUGUGUGCAAAUGUCAAACUUUUGUCCUUAUCAUCCCACAUACAACCACAACGCCAAUGCAUGAAGAUAUGGC